AUGGCCAAGCUUGUUUUGCUCACUGGUCUGGUGCUCCUGCUCAACGCCCACAUAGGUAGGUCAUACCAAAGUUCCUUCGCCAACUGGGCCCCGUACAGGCCUGGCCUGUGACGCUGCAUGCCCUACAACAUUGAUCCCUGCCUCUGCGACCAUCUCAUCUACGCCUUUGCUGGGAUGGACAACAACGAGAUCGCCACCAUUGAAUGGAACGACGUGACCCUUUACAAAUCUUUCAACGGCUUGAAGAACCAGAAUGAAAAUCUCAAGACUCUCCUGGCUAUUGGAGGAUGGAAUUUUGGAACAGCCAAGUUCUCAACAAUGGUUUCCACUCCUGAGAACCGCCAGACCUUCAUCAAAUCUGUCAUCAAAUUCUUGCGCCAGUAUGACUUUGAUGGGCUUGACAUUGACUGAGAAUACCCAGGGUCCAGGGGCAGCCUGCCAGAGGACAAGGAUCUCUUCAGGGGCAGCCUGCCAGAGGACAAGGCUCUCUUCACUGUUCUCGUUAAGGAAAUGCUGGAAGCCUUUGAGCAGGAAGCUAAAGAGGUCAACAAGGCCAGGCUCCUCAUCACAGCUGCUGUUGCCGCUGGACUUUCCAACAUUCAGUCUGGCUACGAGAUUGUUGAGCUUGGAAAAUACCUGGACUACUUCCAUGUGAUGACUUACGACUUCCAUAGUUCUGGGGAUGGACGCACUGGAGAAAACAGCCCUCUAUAUGAUGGCCCAGAUGAUACUGGCAGCAACAGUUACCUCAGUGUUGAUUAUGCUAUGAACUAUUGGAAGAGCAACGGUGCCCCAGCUGAAAAGCUCCUUGUUGGAUUCCCAACCUACGGACACAGUUUCAAGCUCCAAAGCACCUCUGACACUGCUGUUGGGGCACCAACAUCAGGAGCUGGGCCAGCUGGAUCUUACACAAAAGAGGCUGGGACCUUGGCUUACUACGAGAUCUGCACAUUCCUGGAUUCUGGAGCCACCCAGGCCUGGGACACCCCCCAGGACGUGCCCUAUGCCUACAAGGACAGCACGUGGGUUGGCUACGACAACAUCAGGAGCUUCAACAUCAAGGCCGACUGGCUGAAGAAGAACAACUAUGGAGGUGCUAUGGUUUGGACCCUUGAUCUGGAUGACUUCACAGGCUCUUUCUGCAAGGAGGGCAAAUACCCUCUGAUCACCACUCUGAAGAAUACUCUUGGUCUCAAAAGCAGCA